AUGAGUGUUCCAACGUUCGCUAAUAACACCCUCGUGACGUCAGUUAAUGGAUGGAUUGUCAUUCAGCAGAGGGUCGAUGGAUCGCAAGAUUUCAAUCUGCCUUGGAAUGAUUAUAAAUCAGGCUUUGGAGUUUUCGAUAAAAACUUUUGGUUGGGCUUGGAGAAGAUGCACAAGUUAACGACAUCGGCUGAUUACAGGUUGAGAUUUGAAGUUCUAAUGGCUAGCGGUUGGGUCUCCGAUGAGUAUGAUCAUUUCAAGGUCAACUCCGAACUUCAGAUGUAUUCCCUGGUCGUGUUUGGCUACAGCGGUGACAAUGAAGAUGUUCUGAACAGUCCUUACAAUGCUCUCAUGAUUCAGAAUGGAAUGCAAUUUACAACAUUUGAUAAGGAUAACGACCUUGCACCAACAGAAAACUGCGCUGCUGGGUCUUAUGGUGGAAAUUGGUAUAAAAAUUGUUAUUUGAUAAAUCUGAAUGGGGUUUAUGGUUCGUCAUUGUAUUAUUUUAAAGUUUCUAAAAAUGUUCCUGUCAUAUAUUGCAGGAUGAUGAUAAAGCUAAACAUUUAA